GACAAGUCACAAUAAAUUAAUCAUCAUCGAACUGCUCGGCAUGUCCCGAUCAAUGAAGCAUUUGCUUCUUGAUGUGGGCUAUACAAAAGGCCGGUCACUAUAAGCGACAUAUACUCCACGGAGUGAGUAUCUUGCUUGCGCGCAUCGGAGUCGUGCUCACUACUCACCACUCAUCGCGUCGGAGCUUGUACGCCAAGCGUUCAUCCACCUAUGAGCCGACCAACAGCGCUUCACAUAAUAACACAACGACAGCCACGCUGUCGAGUGUGCGCUGUGAGCCAUGAUGGAGCGCCCUGAACCCGGGCUGAUCAAAUGGUCCCCCAAUCCGUCGCAGGAUACCUUUAUUCAUGUCAAUCUACAGCAGCGCUUUGUACAGGCAUAUAAUGCAACUGGUCAUGCGAAUCGUGAUCGAUUCGACUUUAGACGUUUGUACAGACACGAGGAGUACCCUUUCUUCCUCACCACGUAUGAUUGGGCUCCUUCCAUACCUGGCCUUGUGGCCAUGGGAACAGCUCUAGGUCACGUCCAGCUUUUGCGCAUUGAUGACAACGCCAACUCUGUUAUGGAACUGAAGGUCAGAAUGGCCCGUCCUUGUCAUGCGGUCGCCUUCAGUACGGAAAACUUGUUAGCCGUUGGCUUGGACCGUGUGAGAAACGAUCAAUGUCUGCACAUAUGGGACAUCAACCGCGUCUCUACACUGGAUCCAGACGUGGUAGGCUUCCCACUUGACACCUCAGCUUCUCUUGAGCCUUUUCAGCGCCUUGAACCUAGUGUGACUGUUUCAAGCGUCAAGUUCUUCGAAGACAGUCCUCAGACUUUUGCAGUAGGAAUUAAAAAUCAGGGGAUAAGAGUCUACGAUCUUCGAGACCAGCAUGGAUCAGUCAUCAACUACCAGACGAAGCUGAAUAACAAUAUUGCCAUCGACUAUGCCGAUCAGAACUAUUUUGCUUCUACGGCACUAGAUCACGCUGGCGUGGUGGUAUGGGACCGUCGCGCCACCUCCCGUUCGUCGUCGUCACAGGUAUAUCUCGAUGCCGUGGAUAAAGACAACCUCCCUUGGGGUGCUGCUUUAAAAAUUAACAGAGCUGUCGAUCUGGAUCCAGAAGACAACGAUGAGAGAAACUCUUUGAUACGAUCUGUAAGAUUCUGCAGGGACCGCCGCGGACUAUUGGCAGUUCUAUCGCGUACAGGACAACUCAGAGUGGUCGACACUCAGAAAGAGUUCACUAGCCAAGAGGUGGAGCAUGAGGGCAGUCCAGAGCUCUUGCAAGUACGAAGGUCUCAUGAACUUCAUCCUGAUUACUCCAAUAAAGACAAAAGGAACGAUAAGAUCGUUUCCUUCGAUUGGGUCAACCUGGAUUCUCCUGCGCUCACGCCAAGGGUACUGGUUCUCCGCCAUAGUGGAGAUUUCGACAUUCUUGAAGUACCACAUUACACUACAGAUCAUGUUUACAAGAUGGUUCCAUGGCAGGCACCCUAUCGUGGUUUGAACGAGGGCACCAGCUAUCAUAGUCUUAUGGACUUCGAGAAAUCCCAGACUCCUGUCAUGCUCGGUGCAGCAAUUAUCCAACAGGUCAUCUCUGACAUUCCUCUUUUUGGCGAUCAUAAAGCCGACGUUGAGAGGCUAAUAAUGAGGGCUCUCCAGCCCCGCCAUACGUUUUCGCAAGACCACACAGAAGACACCAUGGCCAUCAGUGGUGAGCUGCCUGACUCGUUCUCGAAAGGAAUCUCAACUGCUCAGAAGCUGCAAGCCUUGCGUGAGUUGUCGAGACAAGCCUCGAAAAGAGCGAUCGUUGGAACAAAACCUGGCCAGUCGCAGGGUCGCCUUGAGGAUUUGACGCAAAGCAUGGAGGAGCUAGCGGCACGGCGAUCAGAGCCGCCUUCCAAUCGCCAGCUACAUGAGCGGCUUCUGUCUCAAAACAUAGAUGCUCGUGGCCUGUCUAAGGAAGGUCAGGCUGUACUGGAUCACAUUCUACUCCUCCGUGCUAAAAAUAGAUACCUUUUUGACCCCACGGUCAACAGAGAUGUCCUCUCGGACGAUCCGUGGCUCAGAGAUGUAUGGGACUGGAUACAUGGUGCCGAGAAUGAUAAUGUCGAGGGCGGUAUGACGGCUGAUGGCUUAGACCUGAGCUACAUGGGUGUCAGUACAAUAUGGGCAAAUGAUCUAGGCAAGGAAAGUGGCACGAGACUUCCCCAAGGAGCAUCAGUUCCUUCACGAUCAAAGUGGGAAUCAGCCCUGAAGUCCAUAAAUCAUAGAUUGGGCUUACCGGAAUACGACGCUGUCGAUUCAGCAUGGCCGGCACAUAGACAAAUAUGCAUCAGAAUAUGUGGUUGGGGAAGAUCUCCUCAGAUGACCUGGGCAGAUUACGAAGCGACUCCAGUAUCGGAACGUGCCCCUUCGUGGCAUACCAUGGCCACUGCUCAUCACCUCUUCGCUGGUGAAACUGACCAAGCAGUUGAGACUUUGAAGAAGGCCAGUGGCGAACACCCGGAGCUAUUAUUCGUAUCACUUGCACUGCAACUAAUUGGGAACGAUCCUGGUCUUGCCAGAGGGCAGUUGGACUUCGACGAUGCGGUUGCCUCUAAGACAGAUCCCUACCUCCGGGCAAUCUCUUCUCUGAUCGCUACUAAUGACUGGGAGACCAUCGCCAACCAAGAAUCACUCCCGCUCAGACAACGGACAUACGUAGCUUUGCGCUACAUGGAUGACGAGAAACUUACCAAGUGGCUUGAUGGAGUGGUCACAAAAUGCAUUUCCACAGGCGACGUUGAGGGCCUAGUGCUCACUGGUAUUACCGACAAGAUGAUCGACAUCUUCGCUACUUAUGUCGAGAAAUUCUUCGAUGUACAAACGGCAACCCUCGUCAUGUCCAUUUGUGCUCCACGUUAUAUUGACGAUUAUCGCUGUCUUGUUUGGCGGAACGCAUACCGAGCGUACUUGCAGCGGCACAAGGCAUACUAUCAACGCACCAAGUUUGAAGUCGAGAGCACCAAGCGAAGCAAACGCGACGGGAUUCCAACGGUCAAGCCGCCCUCACGUCAGAUUGCACUACGCUGCGUCUUCUGUGACGCCGAAUACGAGCUUUCCAAGAUGGGAACCAUGGGCCCAUCCGCCGCCGGUGCUCACAGAAAUCCUCUUAUGGCACCGAAUGUUAAUGCUGGGGUGAGCUGUCCCAACUGUGGACGGCAUCUGCCGAGGUGUGUCGUCUGCUUAGAGGUUGUUGGUAUCCCAAGAAGCGAAAAUCCUGGAGCAGACCCCGAAAAGAGAGCCGCGACGAGAUUUCCAACAUUCUGCUUGAAGUGUGAGCACGUCUUGCAUUUGGAUCACGCAAGGCAGUGGUUUGCGAGACAUGCUGAGUGCCCGGUACCGGAGUGUCGGUGUCGUUGCAAUUUCAGGGCAAAUCCGGAUUUGCACUAUCACUGACGAUGGAUAUAGAUAUGACUUGUGACGUGGCAGCAAAAAGCCAAGCUAAUUACUUCUGCAUGAUCCUGGCCAUACGGAUGACUGCGUAUCAUGGCUUUUGAGUCAGAUUUCUACUUCAACGUUGGGUAAAUCUUGUCUAAUAUGCGGAAGGCUUCAUAGGAGUUGCCUCUAAAUAGCUUGAUAAUAAAUCAAAGUCAACUGUCGGUCA